CGCCGCCUCGGGGGCAAUUCAGUUCUUUCAAAACAACCACACAAGAGGAGGUGUGCCGCUGAACAAAGGAGGCUGACAGAGAGGGUAAGAAGAUGACGGGAGAGUUUUGGGACCCGCUGUAAGGACGGGAAGGAGGCGAGAUGGCUGUGCAUGUCUACAAAUGCCUGCGCCGGCCCGGGCGCUAGAAGAACCAACAGAGAGAGGUGAGUGUAUGAGUGUGUAGGGCCACCCAGUGUUUAGACAAGAGAGUUAUGGAAUAUGAAGAGCCCGACGUGCCCCCCGCUGACACCCCCAUCAAAAGAGGAGGAUCCCUGUCCAAGAAGACUCAUUUGACCCAGAUUGAAGUUAUCCCGUGUAAGAUCUGUGGUGAUAAAUCCUCUGGAGUACAUUAUGGAGUCAUCACUUGCGAGGGCUGCAAGGGGUUUUUCCGGCGCAGCCAGCUGCCCACUGUAUCCUACUCCUGCUCCAGGCAGAGUAACUGUCAGAUUGACCGGGCCAGCCGCAACCGCUGCCAACACUGCCGUCUGCAGAAGUGCUUGGCACAAGGCAUGAGCAGAGAUGCUGUGAAGUUUGGACGGAUGUCCAAACGCCAGCGGGAUUCUCUAAUCGCUGAAGUGGAAAGGCACCGACAACAGCAGCAGCAACAGCAGCAGCUUCAGGCAGGCGCCCAGUCUGUGUUGUCCUACCCCACCAAGCCCCGACAAGACCGCUCCCCCCAGCUCCUUCAGCCCAUAGCUUCAGCCUACUCCUUCACUGGUGAGGCUGAGCUGCUGUCCUACACCACUGAUGUUCACCCUUUCCUUGCGUGCUCCCCGAACGAGUCGCAGGUGUCAGGGAUGAUCUACCGAGGCUCCAGUGUGUCUCCCACAUCAAGAUCCCAGGGGAGGGGUGACGACAGCGGACACCCUGACAUAAGAGGAUUUGACUCCAGACAGCCAUCUCAUGAUCUGAUGGCGAUUCAUUCCUACAACCCUCUGGAGGACCCUUACAGCAUUUAUCCUCAUUCUCUGCGAAAUAUAGACGAGGUGUGCGCCAGCAUUGUGCGUUCCCACAGAGAGACAAGCCAGUACAGAGUGGAGGAGCUGCAGGCUCUCAGAUGGAAACUGUUCAGCAGAGAGGAGACGCAAGCCUACCAGAGCAAAUCAGUGGAUGAGAUGUGGCAGCACUGUGCUAUUCGACUGACUGAUGCCGUGCAGUAUGUGGUGGAGUUUGCCAAACACAUCCCAGGUUUCCGUAUGCUCAGCCAGAACGACCAAAUUGCGCUUCUCAAAACAGGCUCAAUGGAGGUGGUUCUGGUCAGGAUGAGUCGUUUCUUCAACAAAGAGAACAACACUGUCUUCUUUGACGGGAAAUUUGCUGGAGUUGAAGUCUUCAAGUCUUUGGCAUGUGGUGAUUUGAUCGCAGCAGUGUUUGACUUUGCUCAUGAUAUGUGUGCUCUAAAACUCACUGAGCAGCAGAUCGCUCUCUUCAGUGCUCUGGUGCUGAUCAAUGCAGACCGUCCAUCUCUGGAGGAUAGGAGUAGGGUUCAGCGGGUGCAAAGAAGCGUGGAGUUAGGACUCAUGCACAUUCUACAUCGAGACAACCAUGACAGUCUAAUGCACAAGCUGUACCAGAGGAUGGCAGUGUUGCGCUCGCUGUGCAGUCUUCACAUGGAGAAGCUUCGCUGGUUCAGUCAGCGUUACCCUCUCAGUGCUCACUCUCUGUUCCCUCCACUCUACAGGGAGCUGUUUGGCUCUGAGGCAGAGCUGCUGCCGGGGGCCACUCACUGAAGAUUCACUAGAAUCUAGAAUUCACUAGAAGAUACACACACA